CCUCCUCAACCAUACAAUAUUUAGAUUGAAGAAGCGUCGGUUGUGGGUUGGGAUUUUCAUUUGUAAGGCAUUUUACUGGUUUUCUUUUAUGUGGUUUUCGUGUGAAAACAGCUGUUUUUCUUAGAAGUUGGUGGUUUUGUGAUAUGGGUAUUGCUUCUUUUGGAGCAAAAGGUGAGAUUUUUUGGUAGUUUUGGUUGGUGAGUGGUUUUGGAAUUUGAUUUUUGUCAAAAAAAGAAAGGUGGGACUUUUCGGCAGUUUUAGAAGGUGGGUGGUUUUCAAGAAGAGGUUUGUAGCUGGUUCUAAAAAGAAUGGAGCUUUGGGUUGUUUGAUUUUAGGAAGAAGGUGACAAUUUUGUUGGGUUUUUUGUUUUUUAAAGUGAAAGGUGUGAUUUUAGUAGUUUUGGUUAGGAUUGUGGUUUUUGGUUUUUGGGUUUGUGUUAUGUUACAGGCAGAAGUGAAAAUCUUCAGUAUUUUCAAGGGGGGUUUGUGGAAUUUGGGGAUAUUGGUUUCAUGAAAAAGGUGAGAUUUUUUAGUUAAUAGUUAUUAGAAUUAGUGUUUUUUGAUCCAGAGGUGGGUUUUUCCAGCAGAUUUCGGUCAAGAUUUGUAGUUUUUGUGAUGUGAUCUUCAUGCAAGGAUGAAAUCUCUUAGCAAUUUAGGCAUUUGUUUGAGUCUUGUUUUUGGCUGCCUGUUUUUAGCACUUAUUGCAGAGCUGUACUACUUGCUAUGGUGGAAGAAGAGAAUCUCCAGUAGUGAGAUUGAAGAUGACUACAGCCAUUCUCCAAAACAUCUACUCUAUCUCCUCUGUUGGAAGAAACCCCCUCAUCUGAGCUCCACAGCUCUAAACCCCCAUCCAUCAGAUGAUCAUGGCCAUUCAGCUGGUGAGCAUCAUCUCCAAAUACAGCCAAACAAUGAUGACAUGAGAUUCUUGUUAAAGCCCAUUGCAGGGGAGGGUGUGGACGGUGAGAUCAUGAGGCUGCAUAACUUGUGUGGCCCACCUAGGUUCUUGUUCACCAUCAAGGAAGAGACCAAGGAAGAUAUGGAAUCAGAUGAUGGGAGAUCAAAGGGUGAUAGGAGCAAGAAAGGGUCUAGAAGUAGGAGUUUGAGUGAUGUGGUGCUUUCUAUAGAGACCCCAUUUCUCACUCCUCUCUCUUCACCACCAUUCCUCACACCCCCUUUGACUCCAUUGGAUUGCUACCACGAACAUGGAUUCAAUCCCCUCUUUGAAUCAUCCACAGAUUUUGAGUUGUGUAAGAUGAAAAGGUCUUCUUCUCCCCCUCCAAAAUUCAAGUUUUUGAAGGAUGCUGAAGAGAAGGUCUACAGAAAGAGUCCUAGGAAUGAUGGGACUGUUGGGGAUUCUUCUAGUAUGGUUUCAAAUGAGGGAGAUGGGUCUUUUAUUACAAUCAUCAUAGGCAAGAGCAAAGAGAGAGAAGUAGCCCCACAUCAGCAUCAUGCAAGUUCUUCACAGGUACUUCCAUUGGAUUCUUCUCCUUCACAUGUUAGAUUGGAUGAGAAAAAACCCAUGCUGCAUUAGAGAUCGUGAAGACAAGAUGAUUUUUUUUCUCUCUCUCUUUUGCCCUUUUGCUAUGGUUUGAUGUUGGUGUGACUGUAGUUGGGGCUUGGCAUUUGGUUCUUUCUCUUUUUAUCUGUCUCCAAUGUUUUUUUUUUUCCUUUUUUUUUUUCUUUUUUUUUGAAUUCUAUGUACAUUUUGGUGUUAUGAGAUAGCCCUCAAAUGAAAUAUUACAGAUAAAUCUUUUUUUAGUCAACAUUUA